ACUGUCAAAAAUAUAACCUCACCGCUCAUUUCGCGUCAUUAAAUCACCGAGUAAAAAACGUUUAAAUUCUCAGUAAAAAAAAUUGUAAAAUAGUAAAAGCCAUGCCGGUUAAGUUGAAAUUGUAUUUAGCACGUAAGAUUAUAGACAGUUUAAAAAAGAAAAAUCCAACAUUUUCGGCAUUAGAAUUAAAGCCAUUAUUCUCAGUAAGUAAUAACACGGAAUCGUCAAUACAAAUGGAAAUAUCAUUAACUAAAAUGGAAAAUUUCUUUGGAAUAUCAAACGCAAGCGAAAUCUUAAGAAUAGAACCCGAUGAAAUUAUAACAAAAGUAACAACAGUAAAAGAUAGAGCAAACCGAAAAAUUUGUUUUAAUAUAAACCCCAACAUAUUUUUCAAAGAAGUCAUUGAUCACGGUGGAGCUCCCGAUAUGCAUGCUGAUCAAAAGAACGUUGUUGUUGAAUUUAGUUCCCCAAAUAUUGCAAAACCAUUUCACGCUGGUCAUUUAAGAUCAACAAUUAUAGGAAAUUUCGUUUCGAAUUUAAAUGCGUACAUGAAUAAUAAAGUAACUAGGAUUAAUUAUUUAGGAGAUUGGGGGACACAAUUUGGGUUGAUUAAAGUUGGCGUUAAAGAACUAAAUUUAUCUGAAAAUGAUAUUAAACAAAAUCCAAUUCAAUUAUUGUAUGAAUCGUACGUUCACGCGAAUGCAUUAGCGAGUAAAAACGACGAAAUUAAUAAAAGAGCUCGAGAAGAAUUUUUAAAAUUAGAAAAAGGUUCCGUCGAAGACGUAAAUUCAUGGCAAACGUACAUUAAUUUCACCAUUUCCGAGUUAAAAGGUAUCUAUGAUCGACUUGGAGUACAUUUUGACGAAUACAAUUAUGAAUCGAUGUAUGGGGCCAAACAAAUUAAAGAAGUUGUUGAUCAAAUGCACAAAAGAAAAGUUGUUAAAGUGACUCACGACGGAAAAACGGUCGCUAAUAUUCAAGAUAGAAGUGUGACUGUUAUGAAAAGUGAUGGAAGCACUUUAUACAUUACAAGAGAUAUUGCAGCUGCUAUGGAUAGAUUUAAAAAGUACGAAUUCCAUAAGAUGUAUUAUGUCGUUGAAAACGGACAAAACGAUCAUUUUAAUGCACUUAAAGAUAUUUUAUAUCAAAUGGAUUUACCUUGGGCUGGACGGCUUAAACAUGUUAAAUUUGGAAGGGUUCGUGGGAUGAGUACAAGAAAAGGAAAUGUGGUAUUUCUUAAGGAUAUUUUAGAUGAAACCAAAGAACUUAUGACUCAAAGACAAUUAAAUUCACCAACAACGAAGGUUCCAAUAACAGAUACAAGAACAUCAGAUAUUUUGGGUGUUUCAUGUGUAAUAAUAAACGAUUUAAAACAACGAAGACAAAAGGACUAUGAAUUCAGUUGGGAAAGAGCACUACAAGUUCAAGGAGAUGGUGGCAUAAAAUUACAAUACACCCACUCAAGGUUAUGCAAUUUAGAAAAGAAUUCUGGAGGGGUAGCUGCUAAAGAAUGUAAUCCUGAAUACUUAAAAGAACCAGUUAUAAUGGAUUUAGUUAAAGAAAUGGGGAAAUUUAAUGAUGUAAUAAGUAGGUCUGAAGAGCAAUUAGAAGCUUGUAUUUUGGUUACAUAUCUAUUCCAUUUAUGUAACCAUAUAAAUAAAGCUUUGAAAGUGCUGCAAGUUAAAAAUCAAACUCCAGAAAUUGCUGCUCAACGAUUAUUACUUUUUAAUACUUCCAGAACAAUACUACGACAGGGUAUGUUGAUCUUAGGAUUAAAACCACUUACUGAAAUGUAAUGUAAAAAAAUCAUGUGACAUGAAAUAAAAUAGACAACUUUAUAUA